CCCAUCUCGUGUUCUAGAUUUUCCUUCCACCCAGUGAGUGAGCUCGAUAGAAGGUGCUAGGGUUAGCGCCGGGCAGUGCGAGCGGCGAUGGCGCUUUGAUCCACCGAGCGCUUUGGAUGAAUAAUCUCGCGAACUGGAUUUCUCCCAAGAACAAUGUCGAUAGAUGCUCCUGGGUGUCCAGCUUGUGACAAUGAACUUUGGAGGUUGCUCUAGACAACAAUGUCCACAGAGACUCCUGGCGCGCAGAGAAGGCCCGUAAACAAAAGAGUUAACGCUGAAGGUGGUGGUUUCAAUGCGGCUUAUCCUCACAAAGCUUUCAAAACGGUGGUGGCGAUUCCUCCCACUAAUGCUGCUGCUGCUACUCCUGGCAUGGAUGGUCAGUUGUGUACUCCGUUCCAGCAGACUUUGAAGGAGGCAUACUCAACGCCGUCAACUGGACGAACACUUACACCGCUCACUCCAAAGCUUUCGGGGAAGCGAGACGUUGUCCACAGGCUUAGACAGCAGCUCAAGAACCGGGACGAGAUGAUCAUGCAAAUGCAGACUCAGAUUCUAGAGCAGAGCCGGAUUAUCCAUGUGCACCAGUUACGGAUCGGUGAUCUCGAGCUUCUUUUGACGGCAGCAAAUAGAUCGCUGUUUGUAGCAGAGCAGGAGAUUGAACAGCUGCAAAAGCUGCUGGCCGAGUGCUGUAGUUGCCGGUCCGCUUCGUGCCAAGUUAGGAAACUGGGGAGCCUACAUGUUGAAGACAAAGUUUUCAAGGCACAGAAGAGAUGGACGUGUGAAAACCAGCACAAGGACAUGAGAGAUUUGGUCUCUGAAGCAAGAAGGCUAACGGAAAAACUUAAGGUCGUUGGAGAAAAUAAGCGAGGUCAGGCACGAGAGUACGAGAAGGAAGUUCGAAGAGUAAGAUCAGAACUGUCGGAAGCAAAAAACUUGGCAUCAAAGAAUGCGUCACUCUUCCAAGCUUGUGACAAGGAGCGAGCGAAGCUGAGUGGGACCUUGACCAAACUCCAGCAAAAGCUCGAGUCUCAGGCAAUCAAGCUAGAGCACAGAAGAGCUAGCAGAUUUUCCGAGUUUUCUGGCGAUCCCGUUGCUGUUUGCACUGAAGGGCAAGAGUCGGAGAACAUGGUUGAUGCAAGUGCACCUAUGUGUUCUUCUGCGAGCCACUCCUCGUCAGUUGGGACAGGCAUGGAAAGUGGCGACUUCACAGCCGACUGCAGAGAUAUCCAGUCUCCUCCACCAAGUCAGAGGCGUUGGGAGGACGAAAUCUCGCAACUUUCGUUCGAGAUGAAACAGGUGGUGGUCAGAGACAAGGAGCAGGAUAGUCCCAAGCACAGUACUGAAGAAUCGCCCGUGGUUAGAAUAGGCAGCCCGGAGGCUUACGUCCGCAGUAGAAGUAGGAAAAACAGCAGCAGCGAGAGCAGCGAUGGCAGCUUCAAGAGGUUUGUGUUCGACAUGAACCGCGACAGUGGUGGCGGAGUUGUGAUGCUCAAUCACACCGACGAGAGCUACUUUGGAACGAGGAUACUUCCAUCGGCAGGAGCAAGCCAGCCAGCGAGUACCGCGACUCUCUCACCGUUUUCGAAGAUGAUGGCCAAGCUUGAUUUGCUGCAGCCAUCGCCAGCGGCGUCCUUGACUGAUUCUUUGAUCGUCGUGGAGAAGAUCGAGCGAAGUAUUGGAUCAGUGGACUCUGCCUUCGAUAGAAUUCUCUAUGACAACACGUUGGACGACAUGGUUAGAGUUUGCUCGCCACCCGAUGGUUCCGAGUGAUUUCAAUUUUGGUUGUACAUUUUGUUGAUGCGUGACCUACCAUUCCAGGUUUUUGCCGUGCUUUGGAUUACCACGGUUUGUGUGAGGAGUUUUUUAAGCUUCUAGCACUACUAUAAACCUGUAUACAGCUUUGAAAGUUAUGGAGCAUUUGUUUGUAUUUCCAAUGUUGCUACUGUUAAAAAAUGCAAGUGGAAGCGGCAUGGAUUGGCAAAAAAGGUAAAA